UAUGCAUGCUUGGAUGAGUGACAAUAAGUAAGUGAAAACACUAAGCCAAUUAAUUAACUAUCAAUUUCUGCAAAUUAAAUUAAAGUCUGCUAUUUGAAUGGGUAACAAGGAAAGCCGUCACCGCCGCCACGCUCAUGACGAUGGAGACCGGGAAAGGCAACCGCUACUUGGGGGCGCUCCAGAUGAUAGGCCUCUACCUUGCUGCGGUUGUGGCACUGGCUGGUGCAUGUUCAUGAGUGGUUUCUUUCUUGUUACUAUCCCAUGGUAUAUUGCUGCCUUCAUUCUGAUCUGUGGCAGAGUUGGUCGUCGUGAGAAACCAGGAUACAUCGCCUGCACAAUUGCUGCUGUUGCUGCUACAGCUGCACUUAUUUAUGGUCUAUACCGUCUCCUUCCUCAUCUCAUUCCAUUGAUCAUGAGUUUGUUUGGAAUCUAAGACUCUUAAUUGCAUGUUUCCGUAAAACACGGGCCAUCAAUAUAUGAAUGUAUGUCUUAUAUAUCUUAAGUGAUGAAUAAUUUGUGCUUGGGCACACAGCUUCAAUCUUGUAAUAUGUUAUAUUUAUAUUGUUAAUAUAAUUGUAUUGUAUGUGUAUGUAUGUUUUCAAUUGUA